CGCUGCGGAAGGCGGGGCCCGGGACGGAAGCUCUCGGGGCCGGGCAGGAGGGCGGUGAGGAGCCGGUGGCCGAGCCCGCGGGAGCGGAGGAGAGCAGAGCGCAGCAGCAUCUCAAGAAGAAAGAUCUGUUUCUGUAGAAAGAAGCGAUUUCCAGAGGACAGCUCCAAUGACAGAACUCUCUGCACACUUACCCCAGUUUCAGCAUGGGCAGCUGACAGAAAACUUCCCUGAUAACCACCACAGCAACACCGUGUUACUGACUUUUUAGCUUCAGAAUUUUCACUUUUAACUAUGUCUGAGGAAAGUGAAGAGUCUGUUCCUUUGCUUCCACUUCAGCAAGAGUCCAUGGCCUCUGCUCUGUUUAAUACUGAUCAGAAUGACAACAGUGAAAGACGUCGCCAGGAGAAUAGCGAGCGCAGAAGAAAUGACAACCCCGAAUCUGAGACCAACGGGCAGCCACAAAACAACAUUCAGCAUGUGGUGGAACAAGAUGAAGAAGAAGAUGAAGAGCUGACGCUGAAAUAUGGGGCAAAACAUGUGAUUAUGUUGUUUGUACCUGUCACACUUUGCAUGGUGGUCGUUGUUGCAACCAUCAAGUCUGUCAGCUUUUAUACACGCAAGGAUGGACAGCUCAUCUACACUCCUUUCACAGAAGAGACAGAAACAGUUGGACAGCGAGCCCUGAAUUCCAUUCUCAACGCCGCUAUCAUGAUCAGCGUUAUCAUCGUCAUGACCAUACUCCUGGUUGUGCUUUACAAGUACAGGUGCUACAAGGUGAUCCAUGGUUGGCUUAUAAUUUCUUCUCUUUUGCUGCUUUUCUUCUUCUCAUUCAUCUACCUGGGUGAGGUUUUUAAGACGUACAACGUUGCCAUGGACUACAUUACAGUGGCACUGAUAAUCUGGAACUUUGGUGUUGUGGGAAUGAUCUGUAUUCACUGGAAGGGUCCUCUGCGGCUCCAGCAGGCGUAUCUCAUCAUGAUAAGUGCUCUCAUGGCCUUGGUGUUCAUUAAGUACCUUCCUGAGUGGACUGCAUGGCUUAUCCUGGCUGUCAUUUCAGUGUAUGAUUUGGUUGCUGUCCUGUGUCCUAAAGGUCCUCUUCGUAUGCUAGUUGAAACAGCUCAAGAGAGAAAUGAAACUCUCUUCCCAGCACUUAUUUACUCUUCAACCAUGAUAUGGCUUGUGAACAUGGCUGAGGAGGAUCCAGAAGCCCAGCGGAAAGCUUCCAAGAACUCCACUUAUGAUAAACAAGCUCCAGCAAACCAGCCUCGGAAUGAAGAUGCUGGAGCAGAUGAUGGUGGCUUCAGUCAGGAAUGGCAACAACAAAGGGACAACAGGAUAGGACCCAUUGAAUCAACACCUGAAUCACGUGCUGCUGUUCAGGCUUUACCCAGUAACUCACAAACCAGUGAGGACCCUGAAGAACGAGGAGUAAAGCUAGGUUUAGGAGACUUCAUUUUCUACAGUGUUCUUGUUGGCAAAGCCUCUGCAACAGCAAGCGGGGACUGGAAUACAACUUUAGCAUGCUUUGUAGCCAUAUUAAUUGGUCUGUGCCUUACACUUCUACUUCUUGCCAUCUUUAAGAAGGCCUUACCUGCGCUUCCCAUCUCCAUAACCUUUGGGCUAGUCUUUUACUUUGCUACAGACAACUUGGUGCAACCCUUUAUGGACCAGCUAGCAUUCCAUCAGUUUUAUAUCUAGCACCCUUCAUGCUGGUAUUCUGUGGAUAUUUGUAGCAAAUUUGGGAGGAGGAAAAAUGUUUUUCCUGGAGUUCUCAAGUGAGGCUGAAGUUUAAUGCUCAAGAUUCUAAUCCUGAAUCAUUACAACUUCCUCCGGUGUUUUGGUUUUUGUUUUUUCCUGAGACAAGUGCUGCACUGGGCACCACCUGAGUUUUUCUGUGUGAAAGUGGCUUCUUCCUGAUGACUGGUCUGAACCAGGUGCUGUUAUAUCAGAGGUAAUCUGAUACCAAUAUCUCUGGUAAGGACCACCUGAGUGAAAAUUGCUAAGGCUUCCACCAGCAAUGUGAUCUCUUACCACAGGUUGAUUGUUUCUGCAUUAAGGGUGCUCAGGACUUCCUUGAUGUUAACACAUGGAACUUGUCCCUGUAGCUGCUUGAGGAGAGAGAACCCAAUUCAAACUUCUUCAGCAGUGACAUUUUGACAGCAGGGUCCUGACUCUGCUUUGUGUGAUGAAAAAGGACUUUGUAGCAGUUUGACAAAGGGAGAAAAUACUGUCACUCUGAGAGUGCUCCACCACUUCAUAGCCUCUGUGCCUGAGUGUGCUUGGUUUAGUAAAUUUAAAAGCCUUUUUUAUUUUUUUUUUUCUCACACUGGACCUAAAGCUCUUCUCAGUUUUAAUACUUUGUAUUCUCAAGCAUGGAGUGCACCUUCUGUACGCCUGCUCCCGUUUGUGUAGCUACUUCAACUUGGACUGAAUAAUUUGGCAUUAGUGAAUCAUAAGGUCCUAAUUUGGAUCCUGGGUUCUAAAAGGUUAAUAAACGACAUUAAAAAACAAUUUCAGGA